AAGUUUAUUCAAAGAAUGAAAGAUAUGGUGUCCAAAAUAGGAUAACCUUCACAUACAUCAACCGCUGAAACGACCAUCACACUCUACCAGAUAAGAUUUUCUCUCCUUCCUGCAAUGGCGGAAGCUUCCAGAAUCAUCUUCCACACCACACUCCUCCCCACACUCCACCAAACAUCCUCCUCUCUCCGUAAACGCUCCCCCCACACAAUCUCCCUAACAAAAACCUCACCAGCAAUUGUCCGCUGCACGAUCUCCACCACAACCACCACCAGUAGCAGCGACACAUCUAGGGCUCCCGCAACCCCGCAGCAGCCGAUACCGUGGGGCUGUGAAAUCGAUUCUCUGGAGAACGCAGCUGCGUUGCAGAAAUGGCUGACGGAUUCCGGUCUGCCGGAUCAGAAGAUGGAGAUAAAGAAGGUGGAUGUUGGAGAGAGAGGUUUGGUUGCGAAUAAUAAUAUUAGGAAGGGGGAGAAGUUGUUGUUUGUGCCUCCUUCGCUUGUUAUUUCGGCUGAUUCGGAGUGGAGUUUUCCUGAAGCUGGUGAAGUUUUGAAGAGAUAUAACGUACCCGACUGGCCGUUAAUUGCAACGUACCUAAUUAGUGAAGCAAGUCUUAUGGAAUCAUCAAGAUGGAGCAAUUAUAUAUCAGCUUUACCAAGACAGCCUUACUCACUGUUAUACUGGACACGUGCAGAAUUAGAUCGGUACUUGGAAGCAUCCCAGAUUAGAGAACGAGCAAUCGAAAGGAUCAAUAAUGUAACCGGAACAUACAAUGACUUGAGAGCGAGAAUUUUCUCCAAGCAUCCUAAUUUAUUUCCCGAAGAGGUAUUUAAUAUGGAAACAUUUAAAUGGUCAUUUGGUAUUCUUUUUUCGCGCCUGGUACGAUUACCCUCAUUGGACGGACGGGUUGCCUUAGUCCCUUGGGCCGAUAUGCUGAAUCAUAGUUGUGAUGUAGAAACGUUUUUGGACUACGAUAAAUCGACAAAAGGAGUUGUAUUUACAACCGAUCGCCCUUACCAGCCAGGUGAGCAGGUGUUUAUUUCAUAUGGCAGGAAAUCAAAUGGAGAACUUUUACUUUCUUAUGGGUUUGUGCCGAGGCAAGGGACAAACCCGCGUGACUCUGUUGAGUUGCCGUUAAUGAUUAAAAAAUCCGAUAAGUGCUAUGAACAGAAGGUUGAAGCUUUGAAGAAGCAUGGGUUGUCAGCAUCACAAUGUUUUCCUUUACAAGUUACGGGCUGGCCAUUGGAGCUAAUAGCAUAUGCGUACUUAGCUGUGAGUCCGCCUAGUAUGAGCGGAAAGUUUGAAGAGAUGGCUUCUGCUGCAUCGAAUAAAAACGCCAGCAAUAAGGAACUCAAAUAUCCUGAAUUAGAGGAACAGGCAUUGCAAUUUAUCCUGGAUAGCUGUGAAUCCAGCAUAUCAAAGUAUACCAAGUUCCUUCAGGCAAGUGGGUCAAUGGAUUUGGAUAUAACAUCUCCAAAGCAGCUGAACCGUAAAGUAUUCCUCAAACAGUUAGCGGUAGACUUGUGCAAUAGUGAACAGAGGAUUCUCUUUCGAGCCCAAUAUAUAUUGAGGAGAAAGUUAAGGGAUAUGAGGAGAGGUGAACUGAAGGCCCUGAGGUUGUUUGAUAGUGUCACAAAGUUCUUCAAAUAAGUUCGCCGUUAACCUCAAUUAAGGUCUCAAUUUCAUUAUGUAAUCAUGCGGGUUUAUGCGUAACGCGCUUCCAGGCUUGGUUAGUAUAGUAUAGGUAUACCAUGUCUAUGUAUGGACUUCGAACGGAAAGUUGUACAAUUUAAUAUGUAUUCACCACAAAUGAUUCUACAAUCCAAACACGACCUGGUUAAUUAUA